UGUCAAAUGAAAUGGAAGAUUAUUUCACCUGGAUACUAAACUUUAAAAGGAAAUUCAAAAGAACAAUAAAAGAAAAGUUUGGUUUGUUCCAGUCUGGGGACUUAAACAUUAUGCUGUUGGAAUAACAAGAGAAUAAACACAGCUGUUAUUAACUUAAAUAGUGAAUUUGCAAACAGGACACCAGCUCAUUAUAUAGUAAGUGUUGUGAAAGAAGCAGUAAUUUUUUGUCAUCAAUUGAAUACUAUGAUAACCGAAGUGUUCUGGCGGGAUAUUGUUGGUUUCGGUAGCAGCAUUCAAAAGAUAAGGUGAAAGGCCUUCACCGACUAAAUGAUAUUUCUGACGCGGGCUUCUAGCAAUACCACUGCUAUUAUCUUUGUCUUUUUCAAUAAUAUGCAGCUGAUGAUGUUUAUCGGGACACGGAGGGUAGGGUUGGAGCUGAAUGGCCUGGUCAUGAGGAGAAGUAGGGCUUCGGUAAUUGUUACUGAGCAUAUGUUUAUGUUUGUAAAUAUGUACUGUGUUAUUGCUCGUCUGCAUAUCACCUUUGAUUGAUGGCUUGAUAGUGGUCUUUUUUUGAAUUGUUCGUGGCAUGGUAGCAGUUACAGUGUUGAAGAAAAAGAGGUAUAAAACAUAAAGUUUUACACUAGUGGCAGGCAGUCAAUUUUACUAGUUGUU